GAUUGGUCGCAGCUGGACUGCUCGACGUGCGAGCCAAUGACACGCAAGAUCGUGUCGCGCCCCCCUCUCGCGGCCGGACGUUUUUGACGUCAGGUGCUUAUCGAACCGCGAGCGUUCCUAGCGGCGAUUCACGGAAACACGCUCGCUUGAUAUCCUCAAUAGGAGGACCGCCGUCGUUGUCUGGCGUACGACGGGACUUGGAGCUCUAGCAAUAUGGCGAAGUGUGUCACGGUGGGCUCGGUGGUGUAGAUCGUCGGUAGUGCCGUUCCGAAAGAUGACAAGCCCGCGGUAUGGGUUGAGAAUAAUGUAGCGGCCGCUCGUGCUUGAGAUCAGCGUGGUGCCAGUCAGCGUAAUCACGUGUGUACGUCAACGUAACACUGCGCCGUCGUAACCCCCCGUUCACGUUCACGGGUCGCGCUCCGCGUUCUUAACGUGUUGAUACGAGGUGGUGCGCGUUACCGGUGUCCAAUAAAGAGCAGCAGCGAGAGAGCCAUGGCUACGGAUAAGAUAAAAGUCGCCGUGCGGGUACGGCCGUUCAGUCGCAGAGAGCUGGAACUUGGUACGCAAUGCGUCGUUGAAAUGACGGGACAGCAGACCAUCUUGCAGCAUCCUAUCACGAUGGACAAGAUCGAUCGGAACAAACCGAAGACCUUCGCCUUCGAUCACUGCUUCUACUCGCUGGAUCCCAUAGUGGGGAACUACGCCAGUCAGGAGAUCGUCUUCGAUGCCCUAGGUCUCGAUAUCCUGGACAAUGCCUUCCAGGGUUACAACGCCUGUAUAUUCGCCUACGGGCAGACUGGCUCCGGGAAGUCUUACACAAUGAUGGGCAGCGGCGACAAUAAGGGGAUAAUACCGCGGCUGUGCGACAACCUCUUCGACAUGAUCGCGAAACAACAGAGUUCCGAGCUCACAUACAAAGUCGAGGUCUCGUACAUGGAGAUCUACAACGAGAAGGUGCACGAUCUGCUGGACCCGAAGCCAAACAAGCAAUCGCUCAAAGUCAGGGAACACAAUGUCCUGGGGCCCUACGUGGACGGGCUCAGUCAAUUGGCGGUCACUUCUUUUCAGGACAUCGACAACCUCAUGGCGGAGGGCAACAAGUCGCGGACGGUCGCGGCGACGAACAUGAACUCGGAGAGCUCCCGCUCGCACGCCGUGUUCUCGGUGAUCCUCACGCAAACUCUGACGGACUCGAAAAGCGGGGUCAGCGGCGAGAAGGUCUCGCGGAUGAGCCUGGUAGAUUUAGCUGGGAGCGAAAGGGCUGUGAAAACUGGGGCAGUUGGUGAUAGACUUAAAGAAGGAAGCAAUAUUAACAAGUCCCUAACGACGCUGGGUCUAGUCAUUUCAAAGUUGGCGGAUCAGAAUUCCGGCAACAACAAGAAGAAGGACAAUUUCGUGCCGUACAGAGAUUCUGUCCUUACGUGGCUGUUGAAGGAUAAUCUUGGUGGAAAUAGCAAAACCGUAAUGGUGGCCACUAUAUCGCCGGCCGCCGACAAUUACGAAGAGACGCUGUCGACUCUUCGAUACGCCGAUAGAGCGAAGAGGAUAGUCAAUCACGCCGUAGUUAACGAGGACCCGAACGCCAGGAUUAUUCGCGAACUCAGGCAGGAGGUCGAGACUUUGAAGGAGAUGUUGUUACAAGCCACCGUGCAGGGAUCGAUUGGACAGCAACGCACAGACAUCACGGAGAAACUGUCGGAAUCGGAGCGGCUGAUGAAAGAGAUGUCGCAGACGUGGGAGGAGAAGUUGGUGAAGACCGAGAGGCUGCAGCACGAGCGGCAGCAGGCUCUCGAGAAGAUGGGAAUAAGUGUGCAAGCGUCCGGCAUUCAAGUGGAGAAGAACAAGUAUUAUCUGGUGAAUCUGAACGACGAUCCCAGUCUGAACGAGUUGCUAGUUUAUUAUCUCAAGCAAAGAACUUUGGUGGGUGGUCGCUCGGCCAAGACGGAGCAGGACAUCCAGUUGCACGGCUUGGGCAUCCUGCCGGAACACUGUGUCAUCACGAUCGAGGAAUCGGGCCUGUACAUGACGCCGCUGAACGGUGCGCGAUGCUUCGUGAACGGCACGCAGGUCGUGGAUAAGAGCCUAUUGCAGCACGGUGACCGGAUCGUCUGGGGGAACCAUCACUUCUUCCGCGUGAAUUGUCCGCGAAGUGCCACAGCAAUCAACAGCGAGCCGCAGACACCCGCACAAAACAUCGACUACAACUUCGCUAGGGAGGAGCUCAUGCUCAACGAGCUCUCGAACGAUCCGAUUCAGCGGGCCAUCGCGAGGCUGGAGAAGCAGCACGAGGAGGACAAGCAGGUCGCGCUCGAGAAACAGCGGCUGGAAUAUGAGCGGCAGUUCCAACAGCUGCGCAACAUCCUGUCACCGUCCACGCCGUACUCGCCCUACGUGCCGUAUGAUCCUCUGCGGGGCAGUCAGAGCGGAAAGCUGCCGGCUUGCACGCCAACAACGCAGAUGCGGGUGGAGAAGUGGGCGCAGGAGCGAGACGAGAUGUUCAAAAGGAGCCUGGGUCAACUGAAGACGGAUAUUCUGAAGGCGAACGCACUGGUGCAAGAGGCUAACUUCCUCGCGGAGGAGAUGGGCAAGCAAACGAAAUUCAGCGUUACUCUGCAAAUCCCUCCGAAUAAUCUAAGUCCGAACAGGAAGCGAGGUGCGUUUGUCAGCGAACCUGCAAUCUUGGUAAAAAGAACGAAUAUGGGAAGUCAAGUAUGGUCCAUGGAAAAAUUAGAGAAUAAGUUGGUCGAUAUGCGAGAUAUGUAUGAGGAACGAAAGGACCCCCAUAAUGGUCAGCGAUUACCUGCGAUUAAGGACGAGGUACCGGGAAAAACGCAGGAUCCGUUCUACGAGUCGCAGGAGAAUCACAAUCUCAUCGGCGUCGCGAAUAUUUUCCUGGAGGUGCUGUUCCACGACGUGCGACUGGAUUAUCACACUCCGAUCAUCAGCCAGCAGGGCGAGGUUGCUGGUCGAUUGCAGGUCGAGAUAAGCCGCAUAUCCGGGCAGUUCCCGCAGGACCGGAUCUGCGAGGCCGCCUCGGAGUCCUCGGCGGACUCGACGUCCUCCGAGCCGGACGAUUACUCCGGCGGGUCCAGCCACAUCACCUGCCGCGUCACGAUAAAACAGGCGACGGGCUUGCCGCUCUCAUUGAGCCACUUCGUGUUCUGUCAGUACAUGUUCUGGGGUCAUCCGGAACCCAUAGUGGUCCCGCCUAUGGUGAACGCGGAGCUGCCCAACUCGAAUUGCGUCGCCGGACAGCGGGACUCCCUGACGUUCAAGUUCGAUCACACGAAGGACUUUACCGUGCCAAUCACGGAGGAGUUCAUGGAACACGCAGCCGAAGGGGCACUGAGCAUAGAAGUAUGGGGCCAUCGCAGCGCGGGUUUUUCGCGCAGCAAACCCGGAUGGGAGGUAGAGCAGCAGCAGCUGGCGAAAGCCAGGUCGCUUGCUGAUCGGUGGUCGGAAUUAACGAGAAAAAUUGAGCUGUGGGUGGAGAUACAGGAGCUCAACGAGCAGGGCGAGUACUCACCCGUCGAAGUCGCGUUGAAACAGGAUACGUGUACAGGUGGCAUUCAUCAACUUCGACAAGGUCAACAGCGACGGAUACAGGUCCGUGUGAAGCCAGUACAAAAUUCCGGAACCUUGCCAAUCAUCUGUCAAUCGAUAUUGAAUAUAGCCGUGGGCAGCGUGUCUGUGCGAAAUCGAUUACAGAUUCCGUUGGAUAGUUACCAGGACGAGGACUUGAGUAUAUUGAGGGAAAAGUGGAGCGAUGCCCUGAUGAGAAGACGACAGUAUCUCGAUCAACAGAUCCAGAAGCUCAUCAAUAAGCAAGACAAAACGGAACAAGACAUGGAGCGAGAGCAGAGUCUGGUGGAUCAAUGGGUCAGUCUUACGGAGGAACGGAAUGCCGUUUUGGUGCCUGCGGCGGGUUCGGGCAUUCCCGGUGCUCCCGCUGAUUGGACUCCGCCCGCGGGAAUGGAACCUCACAUUCCCGUAUUGUUCCUCGAUCUCAAUGCUGAUGAUCUCUCAACGCAUCAGUCGGGAGAGGAAGUAUCGGUGACGGGACUAAACUCGAUCCUGCCAAAGGAACACGGAAACAAGUUCUACAAUCUGCCGAUAAUUCGGCACCUGGAAAAAGACGUAUGUGCCAUCGCCGCUUGGGAUUCUAGUAUACACGAUAACGUGCACCUCAAUCGAGUGACCGAUGCGAACGAGAGGGUGUUCCUGAUCUUGAAGACUACCGUACGCCUGUCACAUCCGGCACCAAUGGACCUCGUGUUGCGCAAGAGACUAGCCCUGAACAUCUACAAGAGGCAGAGCAUCACCGACCGGAUCUUCAAGCGGAUCGUUCGCACUGACUGCUUGGCGCAGACCGGCGUCACCUACGAGGUGGUUUCGAACAUACCGAAGGCGAGCGAAGAACUUGAGGAUCGUGAGAGUUUGGCGCAGAUCGCUGCCAGCGGAGAGGAUAACAGCUUGUGUGACGGAGAGACUUACAUAGAGAAAUACACCCGCGGCGUGUCCGCAGUCGAAAGUAUAUUAACGCUGGAUCGAUUACGACAGAACGUCGCGGUGAAGGAGUUGCUACAAGCGCAGGGACAGCCGCUGAUGCGCAAGACUGCAAGUGUCCCGAACUUCUCGCAGAUCAUGAGAUUCGACACGUCGAUGGACGCGUUGAACGUAACUCGUUCGGAGAGUGUGACGGAUCUCAAUACAGAGAUAAACGGUCUCCCGCAUCCGCGACGCGCGUCCACGGGCCACGCGAGAAACGACGAAAACUUUAUAUCCGCACCGCCAAAGUCAUUCGGAAUCGCGUCUCCGAAUAUGGUCAGCAGCAAACUGGGCCUUCGUAUGACUACAUUGCACGAGGAAACGUCGAACGUCGGGAAUCAAGCGUCCACUCCCGUCAAUGACGACGACGAGGAGAAGAGCGACGCCGAUUAUUCUGAAUACGAGGCAUAUCAGGCACCGCCGAAACCGAUAAAACCGCUAACUUCCUCACGCACACUGGAUUCCCUGGUCGAGCUGCAAUCGACGAAGAUUAACACGCCGAGCAUGAGCAGUAGCGGCUACGGCUCCCAGGCGGUCUCGACGACGAAUCUGACGUCGGAGGACUCCAUCUCCAUCAAGUCCAUCAGCGUGGACGAGACGCCGGAUCUCGAGUAUCGCAAUCUUCUCGACAGCAAGAAACCCGAGAAGAUGGACAGUUCCCUCGUCGAGGAGACGCCCGAGGAGUAUCUGGGCGAGAUAAAUUCCGCGUUGGACAAUCUGAGCGUCUCGCAACGCACUUGCACGGAGGAACACACUAGAAAACAUUUGGAGGAAACGGGGGCGUACGCUGACACCGACAUGGACAGCCCGGUCUCGUCGACGAAGAGCGAGAGCGAAAGCAACAGCAACGCGAUCCAUAACGAGACUUUGCGAAAAGAUGCGCACGACCAGGUGUCUCACGACAGAAGGAAAAGCGAGACGGAAACCAACCAGUUGUCCAAUUCGGGAGACGAUAGUUCUAUGGACGGGAGUUCGGUCGUGCAUACGAAACUGCCACCCGGCAAGGUCGUACGAAGAAGAAAGACCUCUAAUGGUACAGGAAGGCCUACCAGUUCGCAACAUAGAGCUUCGUUUCCUAUGGUCCGUCCACAAGUUUCUGAGAGCAAGGCUGCAGCACGCUUGGAACAAACAUUACAACCUAGCAUGUCGUAUGAAAAUGGAGACAACAGUUCUUCGGAGAGGAUCGACGCGGACGACGUUAGCGAUAAGAGUUCGGCGUUUGGUUCGAGGUACGAUCUAACUCGAGUGGAGACUCCCCUACCGGACUGGGUCGUCGUUGGCGAAUCAGUCUUGGUUCGUCCUUACAGUUAUUCCGGAGUUAUAGCAUAUGUUGGUCCUACAGAGUUCGCAUCCGGAAACUGGAUAGGAGUCGAACUCGACGCUCCAACUGGCAAGAACGAUGGUGCUGUUAACGGUCACAGGUAUUUCACGUGCCGGCCGAAGUGCGGCAUAUUUGUCAAAGUCGACAAACUGAUUCAGGAUAGACGAGGAAGGGCGCUCAGAAGUUACACCAAGCAAGAACUCGCGCCAGCACCAUCCACGUCGAUGCGCCGGAGCGUUAGCAAGGGCGAAGGAUUACAUUCCUUGCAUCGCAGUCGCAGCCGGGGGGAAGGCCUCUCCGCAACAGGCACACGUUCUUUUCCACGCGGCAAGUAAACGGAUCACACACAGGAACAUACAUAUAUAUACACACACACACGUAUACACACAUAUACAUAUAUAUAUACAAGCAAUGCUUCACCAUUACUUCGUGUUAAUAAGGAAGACAAGCAACUACAUGAAUAUCCUAAACUUGCUACAUGCCUAUGAUAUAUGUAGCAGCGAUGUUUCAGUCCUUUUAGGCAUUUAGGGCAGCUAUCGAUUAUUACAGAGAGUAAAUACUUUUAAAUAUUAGGUCAUUAAUGUGCGAACUACAUUGAACACACGCAUCCACACAUGGACACACGCGCGCGCGCGAAGCAUAGGACGUUUUACGGAUCGUGCUGUGUGAGCGGCGGGGUGUAUCCAUCAUCUACUUUGCUACUCCUCGGGGGGAGGUAGUGAUCGCAAGUGACGCGUAAAGUGUGCCGGCUGUACGCGUCGGAAGUUAGUUGCGACUCUUGUUUGUUGAUUUUAGACGAUUAUUGCAUUCCACGGUUUUACUUUUUGGACGACUGGUGUUACGAGCUGAUUUAUUAUUAUUAUUGCUAUUAUUAUUAUUAUUAUUAUUGUCAUCAUUUUAUGCGACUGGGAGGUGGCGUUCACUUAACGCGAAUCAACUGUACAUUUCGAGGGUAAUCAAAAGUCGGCGCGACACCUUUCCUUUCGUCCGCGGCCGGCGGCGUCGAGAUGCGCGACGCGGCCACGCGAUUUCAUGUACAUAUUCCACGUAUGACGGUACUCGCAUUUACGGUUUAUCAGUUGUCUGGUUGUGUGUUGAUGACGCGGUCACAGACAGAGCGCGGUCGAAUAUCUCGGGGGAGGGCGUUUUUACCAGGUUUUUUCGUUACACAGGUACGAUACACUUUCCGAAAUUACCGCAGCGGUAAUUUAUACGUUGGAAAAGUGCCCGAUGGAAGAACGAGAAACGCGUUUCACACACACACGCGUGUCUCUAGCCGCGUAUAUAGAUUAUUUAAAAAUUUUAUAUGUAUACAUACACAUCCAUAUACAUAUAUAUACGCGCGCGCGCGUGCGCGCGAUCAUACAUAUACACACAUGCGUACGAUUGUUUCGUAUAUUGUAUUUUUUUAACGCAAUCUGUUAAGUUCCUCUUUGUUGUAACAUAUGUCCCCCGUUAUCAUCUCUCCGUUGUUUUUAUGACACGUGACACUUUAAUUUAUACAAUGCAUAUUCCGUGCGCGCACCUUGCACUUUUGGAGAUUGCGAACCACGGCUUUGACAAUGCCGAUUGUUUCGAGCGGCGGGUCGCAAGUCCGAAGGUACAACUAUCCGAUAGGACCGCAAUAUUAGGUUCGUAGAUGUUAGGUAGUAGAAACUGAAUAAAUGAGCUUGAUCGUAUUGCGCUUCUUCAUAUUGAUCAUGAAUUAGGCCGUCUUCGUCUGACUUUUCGUUCGCGUCACCGAUGUUUUCUCACUUUUCGCACGUGACAUGGAUGUUGCUAGCUGACAAUUUACACGCACUUCGCAUCAUGUUCUUUGAACGCGAUUCGUUGCUUGAACAGCGAUUCUUUUGUAGGAUUUUUUUUCUGUUGUCCGUUUUCGAAGCGACGCUUCAGAGAUUAGGCUUUCCUCGAGAGUUCUUCUCGAAAGCCGCGCGAAAUCAAAGAAGAACACAGGACAGUGACAAGAGAACUCUGUUAUACCUUUCUCUUGAUUUGCGGGAUAGAUCGUGCGGCAACGUGAAUGGGGGGGAGAACAAAAAGAAGAUAAAAAGUAAGCAAUUAACGGCUAAGAUUACUCGAGUAUAUUCGCCCAAAUUAUGAAAACAACUCCUGUCCAAUUAGAACAAUACUUAUAUUAUCAAUAAUGAGUAUAUAUUACACUGUAUGUAAUAUUUAUUGAAUAUAAUGAUAAAAAAAAUCGCGCUACACGGCGCCGCGUGUUUCCCUGCCGCGGCGGGCAGUCUCCCCCUCUCCCCCGAUUUCUUCAUGUAUGUAUAUGACGGGCAUUGCCGCCGCACGGGGAGACGCACUGCGCCGACCAGCGGAAUCUGUCCAUUUUUGGUAAAUCGAGAUUGUUGGGGAAGAAAAAACAAAACUACGCAAAUCAAGACUCCACGUGUGUCACAGCGAUGCUACAUGCCUGCCCGGCAUAACGGUUAAUGAAGGCCCUUUGUUUCGAACACCACGUUUCUUUAUCGGUUUCUGCAUCGGCGAGCCGAUGCGCAAUCGGAAGCACUCGCGUCUCUUUCGAACUAGAACACGCCGGAACUCGCGUAUCACUCGUGGUGCAUCAGGCGAGCUGAAGUUCCAUUCCGCUCGCUUCACCUACUCUCCGCGGACGACGCGGGGACGGCAAUUAAAAAUCCGACGAGUUACAUGCGACUUCCAGCGUGCGACCGAAUGGUGUCUUGAUCACAACCAAGUGUACCGGAUGGUUUUCUAAACCCUUUAUAAGAUACAAUUACGCGCGCAACAGCAAUUUAAAUUAUUAUCAUAAUUUCAUGAAUCGGUCAUUGUUUUACUCUACGACGUAAAAUUGCAAUAUUUUUAUGCAACUUGUACGUAUGAUGUAGUCGUUUAUAUUAAUCUAAUUAAUAUUACUUGAUCGCGAAAAAAUAGAAAAUUGAGAAAAAAGAUAUCGGCGAGAAACCGAGAUUCUUCUGGUUCGUAUAACUCGAAAAUCGAGCCGUUUCAACAGUCGACAAAUCGAUCGAUAUUAUAAUUUAUUAAUUUGUGAAGCAUAAUCCAUGAAAAAAUUCGUGAAAAUUGUAAAUUAAUAAAAUUAGAAAUAAAAAUAUAGAAAUUUAUUGAUGUAUUACAAUAAAAUCAAUUAAUAUUCUCAUUAUACUUCUCCGAAAUGAAAGUUCAUUAUAAGAUUUAUCGGAACGAAACGUUGAAUCAAAGGACUAAUCCGCAGCCUUAUAAGGGGUUCCAAAUAUUAUCUUACGUUACGUUACGUUAUCGGGGAAAAGGAUGUUGGAAGAGCUGCAGCGGAGCAUUUAGCAUUGACAGAGCUUACACAGCCUAUUCCAUCCCGCAAUAAGACAAUGUCCAUUUUUAUCAUGUUAAAGAAGAAUUGUCUAAAGAUAAUCGUUCGCACUGUACUUUGUACCCUAAAGAAGAAAACAAAAAGAUUCUAGAGUGUAAUAUUUUCGACCAAAAUCGGUUUUACGAGUGCGUCUCUGGAUGGGAGUUCCGAGUUUGACAUUAUUCGCGAUUCGUCGCGACGGACCACGCGAGUGUCCAGGUUCCAAGGAACAUGCGCGCGUGCGAUCUACGAUUUCCUUGAUCGGAUCUCCUGACUGAUGGCUGUGAAACCAACCCGUUGAUGUUUUUGCCCUUUCCACGCUGCUCCCUCAUUUCCUCGCGUAAUGCUCUCUCGUGACUCCGUCUCAAGAUGCAUAAUAUAUUCUGAGAACCACCGCGAAAUUCUCCGGAACGGCCUGCCAAUCAAUUUUGCAAAACGUUGCAAUACAAAACGCGCCUUUGACGUGAAAUACAGUUUCGAGCAGUUUAUUUUUUGAGACCGCGAAUUCUCUUCUCUCAAAUUCCGGAGCACGAGAGGAAUUCAUGUACAAGCAUCGUGCACAUUACUACGGACGAACUUGAUGGCCGCGUCGAUACGGCGACACCGAGAGUGUCACAUAUUUGAAAAAUGAAAAAUGUAAUAUUAUAACAUAAUAAGAGCUCCAAGUUCGCCGAGUGUAAUUAGAAUAUAAUUAGAUUCUAAAAUAAUUUAAAAGAACAUAAUUGAAAAUCACGUUGGGUUCACGUCGCAUAAAAGUGAACACACAACUGCAUUUUGCAUUUCGUGGCAACUACAAAUGACGAAGCAAAUUGUUUUGUUCUUAUCUCCACUGAUUCAUUCUUCGGUGAGCGUCAUAUCGAACGCAUUCGUCAGCGGCCGCGCUUUGAAUAUCGUCAAUUAAGCCGGAAAGAAAGUGCGCGCGAAUGCGUAAUAUUAAAUUCGGAACUCUUCUCGACUACUUCACACACAGUGAGACUGUUCGAACGAUCAUGCUAAUGUAAAACCUACACGUGUAUAUGUACAACGUAAGCCUCGAAAUUGGUGUUAUAUUUUAAUGUAAUAUAUUAAGAGAAAAAAAGAAGAAAAAAAAGAAGAAAAGUCGUAAAAGAAGAAAUAAAUGGAUAAAGUGUGCGUGCGAGGAUGAGAUAACGAGAAAUAUAUUGAGAUUCGUAUCGUUCAUCGAGUCACAGUAAUGUAGGAGAGCUCAGCAAGGUGUGCACUCUUGCUUCGUCUCCCUCCCCGCCCCCUCUGCCCUAUUUGUUCCACGCCACGUGAAAUGGCCAAGCUAACAUUUACCGCGACGGCACUAUACGUGUAUAUUAGAUCACACGGCGACACUCACGCAUUGAACUUGGUGUGAUUUACGUAGAGGAUUGUCGCGAACCGUGACAAACGACUCUCGCCACUUUAAACUAGGAAUCCACUUGCUAGAGACGCCACGUUCGUGCCGAAUCCGCUUGGUCCAUGCUGACUCAAUGCGCCAGGCUGGUAAUCCUCCAUAAACCGGAUUAUUCUUUUAAGAAAUCGAAUCAUUCUGAUCCACUAUAUCAAAUCAGAGAGUCUCUUCCUCGAACACUGACACGAGGCUUCAAAUUUUAAUCGAAAUCUAUUUAUCCCCAUUUAUGACUAAAAGUUUUAUUCGAAGAUCUAAAUCAGCCUUGUAAAAAUGCUAAAGAAUUUCCGCACAUUUGGCGCCCGUAUUCCGAAACGAGAAAAUUUUGUAAGAAUUUAGAUACCUUGAUCUGUGUUGGAACAAGAGAUCAGUGCAAUAGCUCUCCACAGGCUUGUAUAAGAGCAUUCUCAAAUUUCAAGGCAACUGAUUUACAGCUAAAACUCUGAUUGCAGGAUUAAAAAGUUAUCCUAAUAAGAAUUCUACAUUCCAAAAUAUUUGAGGAAAAUUAACAUAAAUCUCGACUUCUAAUCGAAACGAGAAAUCUGCCUUGUGCGGUGUCGCGUGGAUCAAACGGGUACUAUAAUUAGCUUAAAUCUCAGAAUCGCCUAAUCGACGUUGCUUCUGUCCACUCAUAAUGAAUUGAGUGAUAAGAGAACAAGAUCAAGACAGAUCACGAUGACGUGGAUAGGGUCGUUAGAUCGGCGAUUCUGUUCUCGCUGUAAGUGUAACGCUUCUUCUUCUGCCGGAAACAAAACGAACGAGUAACAGUUAACACUUAGACGAUAAGAAUUUUGGAAAUUCUUCGUAGCUCGAUAGGACGCUGCGUCGUUUGAUCUGGUUGUAGAUAACUGGGAAUAGGAAAGCCUAUUUUUGCAUUGUGCGAUUAAAGGGAGAACAAAAGGUGUUUAGCCGGUUCGUAUAAUAUUCUCGGCGAAGUGUGCACUCGGACGGAGCGAUAAUGUACGAGGCUCCGGACACAAAGCUCCUAUGCAAGAGGAAAAAAAACAAAGAAAACGACGUUGACAUGUCAAUGCCGUAACGAUUUAUUCAUUACGACACUCAAAUUCGAUGCUCACGAGCAUGCUUAUUACUCGUUUUUCGCUAAAAUCUUCUCGCUUUCUAUUUAUCUUAUUACUUUCGAUCGACUAAUUAGCGGCUAAGCUAAACGUGUAUCAUAAUUUAUCGUAUCGCGUAUCGUUUAUCGAGCGGAUCCGCUAAGUCCCCCUUACGCAAUUGAACGAUUCAUUGUACGACACACGAGGGGUAAUAUCGAUUGACGAUGCACGAAACGAACGUUUCGACGGCACGUGCAAGAUUGCAAUAGAGGAGCAUUUUCACUAUGAUUCGUGUAAGUAGUUGCGCGAAGAUCAUUCGUGUAUCUCACGAAUGGCGCAUAGCAAUAGCACAAUAAUUUCCUCGACGCUGUACGUCAUACGAGAAAUUCAUGAUUUACAUAAAAAAAAGUGCAUCGUUCACGGAACACGUUCAUGUAUGAAUACAAAUUUUUCGUGAUGCGAAAACGCGACAAGAAUCAUCUCGCGACAAAUAUUUCAUUCCAAUGCGUAUACGCGAAUGUGAAGCAAUUUUUGAUAAUUUUCAGAUUCUCACGCGAACGAUGUCGUGCUAGUACACGAUGCGAGGAUGAUACAAUCGCGAAAUGCUGGGAAUCGGUCAUGUGUCUAUGAUACGUAAAGUGUACACGAAGGCGUCGUUCAAGCGACAUUCAUUUCGCACCGUGCGCAGCAAUCGAAAUCGCGUCGUCGAUCUGACGCGACUCAAAUUUCAAUACUUAGAGCAUAGGUAGCGAUUGAAGAAAAAAAAGAACUAGUAGGUACUUCUGUGUACUGGUCCUGGUGUGCAUUUUGGCACAACACUUCGCGUUUACUUCCGCAAAAAUGUUUAAUUUAAAAUUUAAUUUAAAUUAAAAUCAAUUAAAAAGUUUGAACUACACGUUUUUAAAACGUUCCUUCAUUAAUUUUGAUUGACUAUAAAGAAUUCAAUUAAGAGUGAGGUAUCUCGAUUCAGUUGGCACGUCCAUUAGGAUUGAACGACCACAUCUCACCCGCAGAAUCUCAGGUGUCUCAUAUAUUAACUUGCACACAUGCCCAGUUACACGAGUACGCACUAGUGGCACAUGUUCGACUUUAGCUCGGAGAAAAAAAAGAAAGGCAAGAAUAAGGGAGAUGUAAGUAGCGAGUAUAUUCCAUGUAAUAUUUCUUCAGGCGAGAGCUACUCAUUCUUUUUGUAGCUGCAUUUGUAGGCAUUUUUGAACGCGCGAUUACCUAUCCUUUUGCCGCGAAAGCGAGAAUGUACUUUUCGAUCUCGUAGACCGUCUAAGAGCUAAUUAUCAUUAUUAUUAAUUAUGAAUUAUUAUUAUUAUCAUUAACGAGGAAUACAUUUAGAACUGUGUCGUAAAGUCGAGAGAUGAAUUACCGUGUAAUAGUAUUAUUUUAUAAGCAGUCAAUAAUAUUAAUAUCUAUAUCGAAGAAUAAGACAGAAAAAAACACCGUAUCACCCUCUCCUCCAGAAUCCUUAACAUCCUCCCUUAACGUCCACGAAAGAGUCGUAUGUUCAUUUCAUGAAACUCGUUUCGUCUCUCUCUUUCUCUCUCUCUCUUUCUCUCACUUCUUCGAGAGAGGAGUAUCUAUACCUCUAUUGUUAAUAAUAAUACACACACACAUACCGCGCGACAUACCGUGCAUAUAGAAGCUGAUACAAAUAUGACUUAAACAAUAAGGUGUGUACAUUUUAAUUUUUAUGAAUAUAAUAAAAAAAUAUAAUUUAAUGUUCUA